AUGGAUAAAGAAAUAAACUCAAAGGAGGAAAAUUCGGUUUAUGAGGUAUUUUUGUCAAUACAUUCUUGGGUAGCUUGCAGAUGUCGCUUCCAUUCGGAGUUCAUGAACAUCAAGAGGGCGCUUUUACGUAAACUGGAUCCAAAGGAAAUAUCAGGCAGUAUAAAGGCCUUUAAAAUCAAUUGCGUUGGGCUGAACGAUGUCAAAAUAACAUCGGUACCGUUCGAGCAACCGAGGAGGCCUUGGAAGGGUAGUCCUGACCGAGGUUCUACGGAGAAGAGUGGAUCAGCAGAUCAAUCAUCUCUCAUCCUCACCAAACGUAACAAGCUGGAUGGGUUUGACAAGACUAAGAAUGAUUUGGCUCUUACCAUGAAUCGCGUGGACUCGAUAGAGAAGACUGGAAACCAGGAAAGCAAAGAAGUUUGA